UGCGCGGACCGGGGCUGGGCCGUGCGGCGGCAGCGGCGCCAGGGGAUGCUCUUGCUGGGCCUGGCCUCUCCCUUCUCAACUUAGGGCGGCGGCGGGCCCGCGCCCCUGGCUCCCGGGCCAUGGCGCUGAGGGAGCUCAAAGUGUGUCUGCUCGGGGAUACAGGUGUAGGUAAAUCGAGUAUUGUGUGGCGGUUUGUGGAAGACAGUUUUGAUCCAAACAUCAACCCAACAAUAGGGGCAUCUUUUAUGACCAAGACUGUCCAGUACCAAAAUGAGCUACAUAAAUUCCUAAUCUGGGAUACAGCUGGACAAGAACGAUUUCGUGCCUUAGCACCAAUGUACUAUCGAGGGUCGGCUGCAGCUAUAAUCGUUUAUGAUAUCACAAAAGAAGAGACAUUUUCAACAUUAAAGAAUUGGGUGAAAGAGCUUCGACAGCAUGGCCCACCUAAUAUUGUAGUUGCCAUUGCAGGAAAUAAAUGUGAUCUUAUCGAUGUAAGAGAAGUCAUGGAGAGAGAUGCAAAGGACUACGCCGACUCUAUUCAUGCAAUUUUUGUAGAGACCAGCGCAAAAAACGCGAUAAACAUAAAUGAACUCUUUAUAGAAAUUAGUCGAAGAAUUCCAUCCACUGACGCCAACCCGCCAUCUGGCGGUAAGGGCUUCAAACUCCGAAGACAGCCUUCAGAGCCAAAGCGGAGCUGCUGCUGACCGAACCUCAGCCUCUCAGACUUGAUGAUGAAGUAGGUGGUCCUGAAAGUUAACAGGAGGGCUGGGGUCCCUGCCACCAGUUUUCACCUAGCCAGUCUUGAGUCUUCUCCGUGCAAAAAGGAUUCACAGAAAUUGACCAGUUCUGUUCUCCAAAGACUGCAGCAAUGAUAUUUCAGUCUGUGAACUUCUAUUAUGUAAAGAAUCUCUAGUGUACAAAGGGACUACAUCGUUGGCUUUUGACCUUGCUGAAAAGGAACAUAUAAUUAUAUGGAUGGUAGGAUUAAGUUGUUGAGUAGUUUUGUAAUCAAGAUUUUAUGUAACAUUUGUAAAGGGAAAAUUAGCACUUUUGUGGUUCUUAAGGGAAAAGAAAAAGACCUUGUGGAGAUUAUAAUUUCCUUGGUUUCUGUUACCACUGUUAGAGGGAGUUGUAUCAUUUAACAUAUAGUAGGAUAGUUUAAGUGUAGGGAGGACAAUUAUUGUCUGAAGCUAAAAUGGGUUAUUUAUAGGACUGAUGGAAAUGAUUUCAUCUCUGCCAUCUCUAAAGCACUUUUCAUUGAACAUGUUAGCCUAGGAUACGUACAGUAAAUUAACAAUGAUAGCAGCAGAUGCCUAGCUCAUCCUGGGUUUGCUUCUGACCUUGUCAUGUGUGUGCCACCAAACACGUUAUUGGCACCUUUUUAAAUAAGCUCUCAUGAUCAAGAUGGUGAUGGUAGAGAAGCUGCCCGGAAUAAACUGAAUUUCAUAUGUUCUAAACUGACUAGCAAUGGUUUAAAAAGGAAGAAGAGUGGAAGUGAAGAAGGUGGUGUAAAUGCUGUCAAUUUUUUUUUAACCCAAGUAUUUUGGUGGGGAAAAGCAAGUAUCUAUUGCUUAGCAUAUGUAAAGUUGUAGUCUAUAUUUAUGGGGCCAUUGCUUAAAGAUUAUAAAUUAUGUAAAUACAUUAAUAAAGUCUAAGUUUCAUUUGACA